AUGAAGAUGGUGACGGACCCGACUCUCGACGAUGACAGGUGGGGAUUGUUUGUAAAGUACAAGCGCAAGUUUUGGUUCGAAGAGAACGAUUAUGACGUCCCUGAAUCCUAUUUCUACCAGAACGGCGAGGAGAUUCAGCCCAAUACCAUCGAGCUGGUCAAGAGAUUCCUCAAACAAGUCCGCGAAUCCAGGGGUUAUGACGUGGAUUGCUACCCGCCUCCGAUGUUUAAAUCUCCAUUCGAACCACUUCCACUGGAAAAGAUGCACCAGGGUACAAGCAAUAUUGAUAAACGCGGCUAUGCUAGAGUUGUCGGAGCAGCCGAUUUUAGCCGUGAGACAUCUAAUUUCCUGUAUAGAUUUGUGAUUUACGAUAAGAAGCAAGCCAAUCUUUUGCAAUGUGAAAUCCCCAGAUAUGUUAAUAUUUACGUAGUUGCCCAAUUAAAUCAACUGUAUCUGAUGUUUAAUUUCAUGCUAUCUUUAAAGGAGGAUGGUGAUAGCAUUGAAGAAGUCGUUGCUCGGUCCUUUUUAAUGAGAACAAAGAACAGAGAUAAACUUGCUGCUGCCAUUGAGGAUUACGCGCCUGCAAGCUGA